UUGUGUCUUUAGGCUGACAUCUUGCUGCUCUCCAGCACCAACCCCAACAGUCUGUCUUACGUUGAAACAGCCGAGCUUGACGGGGAGACCAAUCUGAAGUUUAAGAUGGGACUUCGAGUUACUCAUGAGCGAUUGCAGCAGGAACAACAACUGGCCAACUUUAACGCUCUUAUCGAAUGCGAGGAGCCGAACAACCGUCUGGAUAAAUUCACAGGGACAAUGUUGUGGGACAGUGAACGCUACCCUCUGGAUGUGGACAAUAUGCUUCUCCGAGGCUGUAAAGUCCGAAAUACGGAGGAGUGCAGUGGCCUGGUCAUCUUCGCAGGGGCUGAUACUAAAAUCAUGAGGAACGGUGGAAAGACUAGAUUCAAAAGGACCAAAAUUGAUGAGCUGAUGAACUACAUGGUUUAUACUAUCUUUGCGCUACUGAUCCUGAUUGCAGCUGGUCUGGCCAUCGGUCACAGCUUCUGGUACAAGGAAAUCGGUUCCAAGGCCUGGUACCUGUAUGACGGUAAAAACCAGACAGCGGCAUACAGGGGGUUCCUCGGCUUCUGGGGCUACAUCAUCGUCCUCAAUACCAUGGUUCCCAUUUCUCUAUACGUCAGUGUGGAGGUGAUCCGCCUGGGUCAGAGUAAGUUCAUCAACUGGGAUCUGCAGAUGUACUUUCCAGAGAAAGACACUCCAGCCAAGGCUCGGACCACAACCCUGAAUGAGCAGCUUGGUCAAAUUGAGUACAUUUUCUCAGACAAGACGGGAACUCUGACGCAGAACAUCAUGCAGUUCAAGAAGUGUAACAUCGCUGGACGCAACUAUGGUGAUGCAACCACUGCUGAGGGAGUGUCCCUGGACAGAGGACGGGUAAAAAAAAAAAAAAAAAAGAUUAAAAAACAAACACAACUGAAUAAAUAAAGCUGUAGAGCCAUUUUGUUCCUGUAGGGUGGG